AUGGCGCUUGCAGUUGAUAAAAACUCGAGCCCCCGAAGGUGUCCCUCUGUUGACUCUCUGGCAUCCGUCGGGCGUAGCGAGUACCGAUUGGCUCUCCCGUCCAAAGUUGUUAUAAAUGGUUCUGAGACUCAAACCCAUGCCAUUCGUGCGGAAUCUCCAAGAAGUAUUCAAAGAACUGAGUCCGAAAGCUCGAACUCAAGCUCGGGUAGUGACGAGACAAGCGGUAGUAAAAAUACGAUAACUCAACAGGGACAACCUCAAUUAGGGACGAAUAUUCCACCCGCACAAUCGUUACUUCAGCCUAACGAAAACCAAAAACCUCAAGUUAUUUCACCACAAAUACCACAAGGCACUGAAAUUGAUCAAAGCGCAUACCUUCCGAUCCCAGGUCCCGAUAUGGGACACCUUACUCCGCAGCAAUCAAGGACUGGCCUAGAAACCCAAAGUCAGGCAGUAGAAAGGCCCGAAAGUCUUCACUCAGUAGACCAAUGCCAAGGUGAAUUUCACACAGGUAGAUUUAAACAGGCGGUUUCCGGAGGUCCGAAUUCUGGAAGCCCGAAACUCAAUGCAUGGGACGUCGCCGCAUUUAUUAUCAACAAUAUGGUCGGCACCGGGAUUCUAGUGUAUCCGCCUCUAGUUCUGCAAAAUACUCAGAGCAAAUCGGAAGCAAUAGUUUUCUGGUGGGUUGGGUUUGUAUACACAUUUUUUAGUACAUACAUAUACCUUGGACUGGGCAAAGCUUGGUUCUUCAACGGCGGCGAACUUAUUUAUAUCGACGAGCUUUCUCGGAAGUUUCGAUGGAAGAUGCUGCGCAUACCAAAAAUGCUUCCUUUUGUGAUCUACGGAUUCUAUUUCGUAUUUUUAUCCAACAGCGAAGCGAAUAGCAUGCAGUUCGGCCACCAAAUCUUAAUAGUUUCGGACCCCAAUCUCGCAAGACUGUCUGAAAGUAGCAAUGCAUAUCUUAGCCUCCCUCUACAAACCGUUUUUGCCAUUGGGGUAGUAACGAUAUUCUGUCUAAUCAAUUAUCUAUCUGUUAAGGCUGGGCGCAGGUUGAACAAAGGAUUUGCCUUCCUUAAGGUUGGAGUAUUAUUUGCGUUGCUCGUUAAAGGAAUCAUUUCUGCAGUUAAGUUUGGAGCUAUGGAGGAUUAUGGAGAACUUAGGGGACCUCCAUUGGCACCCGGUAUUAAUCAACUGGCUCCUCGUUAUCGUCGGGCUUUGGCGUUUCUCUACGUUCUUUUUGCCUAUCAGGGAUGGGAGAACUCUUCGUUUGUUUUAGGAGAAGUGGAAGACUACUACCACUUGAAAACCGGAUCUUAUCUAGCGAUAGGUCAAGCUUGUGUUCGCGAAGUCGAUGAUUCUACCGUGGUCGAGACUUUGGACAAGAGUAUCCGAGACCCGUAG